GAUGGUGGUGUGCUGGUCAUGAAGCCGGCAUACACGGACUGGGCCGCCUAGUAGCAGCAUAGCAGCACAGCGGCCUAGGUCUGGGCGCAACCACUCAGCAUGGUGUCCACCAGAGAAUGAAGAAGCAAAACGUCCGGACCUUGUCCUUGAUAGUCUGCACGUUCACAUAUCUUCUUGUGGGAGCAGCAGUCUUCGACGCUCUCGAGUCAGAAACUGAGAAAAGACGCUGGGAUGUUCUAGACGAGCUCGAGAAAAUGGUGAUCAAAAAGUACAACAUAUCGGAAGACGACUUCCGGGUGAUGGAGACAGUGGUGCUCAAGACGGAGCCCCACAAGGCGGGCAAACAGUGGAAGUUCGCCGGAGCCUUCUACUACGCUACCACCGUUCUCACCACCAUCGGUUACGGCCAUUCGACUCCUAACACGGUGGGCGGUAAGCUGUUCACCAUGUGCUACGCCAUCGUCGGAAUCCCCCUGGGCCUAGUAAUGUUCCAGAGCAUAGGGGAGCGUCUCAACAAGUUCUCAUCAGUGGUGAUACAGAACGUGAAGCGCCUACUGCGAUGCAAGGACGUCCAAGCGUCCGAGAUUAACCUGAUCUGCGUGGUGACAACACUCAGUAGCCUCACGAUUGCAGGGGGCGCAGCUGCCUUCAGCCGCUACGAGGGCUGGACCUACUUUGACUCCGUGUACUAUUGCUUCAUCACUCUGACGACGAUCGGCUUCGGCGAUAUGGUCGCAUUACAGAAAGACAGUGCCCUGGAGACCAAGCCUGAGUACGUGGCCUUUGCGCUCAUUUUCAUCCUGUUCGGUCUGGCGAUAGUGGCCGCGUCGUUGAACCUCCUCGUUCUCAGAUUCGUCACCAUGAACACGGAGGAUGAGCGGCGCGAUGAGGCUGAAGCCCUUCAGGCAGCGCAAGGUGCGGUGAGACUGGAGGGUGAUGUGAUCACUGCAAAUGGGUCUAUCAUUAGUGGUCAGCUUGGAAGAGGGGACUCCAUUUCAUUGGAAGAUGCAGCUUCAGUUUGCAGUUGUAGUUGUAGCUGCUACCCAGAUCCAGCCAAACUGGCUAGGCACCGGUACACAGUGCGCCGCUCUCCUGGAAAGAUCUCACACCUACUUCCAUUACAGCCUCUAGGACUCCAGCAGGGGACAAAGGAAUACAUGUGCAGAGAAGUGCACAACCAUCGUGCCUCCAUCUGACAACUCCUCAGUGCCAGUGUUGCCAAUGGACAACUUGGUCUGGUGCUGCUGGUGACUUAUAGUGGGACGCCAUCUUGUGAAGUGGUGUUUUGAUGCUCAUUGACAUAGAAAUUACUGACACAGUUUUCAAGUUUACAUCACAAAUCAUCAUUAUAAAUAUUUUACAUUUGUUUCUUCUUAGUGAUACUUAGGAAUGGAGACAGCACUGAAUUAUUUUCAGACAAUAUUUCCCUAAUUCAAAGACAUUUCAUUCUGCUAAAUAAGUACAUGUGUGAAUCCCUUUUGUCCAGGCAAAGUUUCUUGAACCCUUCACUUUACAUAAUAAUUACCAUUUUACAUCCAACCAGUUCUGCAUAUUUGAUGAUUUAUUUUACCUAAUUUCUUGUUCAGCAGAAAAUUUCUACAUUCUCCACAAGUUUCAUGUGGACUGCUGUGCAUAGAAAACUUCACUUGGGCUCCCAUACCUUCCAUGUGUUUGUGAGGACACGCCUGUCUGUGAUGAUGAUGUUCAAAACUGAAUGUAUGCUACUGAUUUGGUUUUAAAAGUUGAAAUGUUGGUAUCUUUACUGUAUGAUCUUCAUACAGGGAAAUAUUUUCAGUGCUUAAGGCAAGAGCCACACAUUAUUUCUCAUUAGAUACAAAACAUCUAACCAAACCUUCAUUGUGGUUCUGGGACCAUGAGAAGUGUAGAAUAAAAGGGCAUUAUGUAGAGUCCAGCCACAUGACAGGUUAAAGGUUAAGGCCUGAAAAGAUGAUUGAGGUUGUGGUAUUGUGCUGGCUCCUCAGACCUGACACAGCUCAAUAGUUCUGAGCUCUGUAAAGAUGAUUAACAGUUAAGAACCAAGGCAUUCAGCAAAGAAAUUAUACUUCCAUGCCACUUUGUUGUAUUUAUGAUACUUUUAUUUAAAACGCUGGCUUAAAGCUUUAUAACCUCUUUAUACUUUGGUAUACAGCAAUUAUGACGAUGGUUUGGAGUGAAUAAUGGAUGUGAAGUUGAUUGAGCUUCCUGAUUAUAGGACUGUCAGUAUAUUAACUCAGAACUUUAACUUAAAACAAGAAUCUGCAUUUCUGUAUUGACAUUUCUUUGACAUCAGAUGUAGUGGUUAUAAAUCUGUGACUCAGUUCUUUUGGAGAAGUUUCCUCCACACUAUGCGUAAUGUUUAGGUAUACUACCAGAGAAUUGUUUGUGAAAAUGGAAUGCACAAUGAGAAGGUAAGCUUUGCAUAAAAUCAGUCAGCUGGUGUCACUGGAUAAUCAUUGAGCUGAAGAAAUUGGUUCGUCAUUUUAUAAUUAGCUGUUCUUUGUAAUAUUGUAUAGAAAGCUAUGAUGGAUAGUACCACCAGACUGGAAAGGAUCAAACUCAAGCACUAUCUAUGUUUAAAUAAAUAAAGCAGGGUCCCAGAUGACAGGAAUAUUACGAUUGUAAACUGUCACUGAACUUCAUAAUCUUCCUCUUAAGUAAUGACAAUAAUUACUAAGUGACACAAAACCCACUCAAUAUUUAAACAGAAUAAGUUCUUUCAUAUUUUAUUAUGCGGAUUUGAAAUUAGUAAUUUUCUUCUGUUGCGAUAUAUUUAGAAGCUUAAAAUACUUAGAGUUUCAAGCAGUCCAUGGUAUCACCUACAAAGUGAGGUCCAAAUUGCUUUAAAUUUAAUUUUGAAGAGCCAAGAAACCCAUUGUUUAAUAAGAGCAUGUUACAAGGACACCAGUAACAAGUGAGCACUAAUCCAUGCAGACAGGGGAGUUUGUUGGAGAUAAAGCUUUGCACAUUCUUAAUCCCUUGGCAUUAGAUCUGAACAGAGAUAGGACACACACUACAGUGUGAAAAAUUAUUUGACCCAAGGGCAUGCAGAUCUUCCUGCAAGUUUAUACUGACAGAGAUUCUGUCAUCUUGAAAUGUGUUUUGAAGUAACUUCAGAUCUCCUUUGAAUAAAUAAUAACAGUAAAAUAGAAGAAAGCGGGAUAUUUACUGGGAGUCAUGACUGCACCCUUUGCAUGUCAGAAUAUGCAAAGUAAUGAACUGCAAUUUAUUGUUUGUUGAUGUUUUUAGGAAAUACACUGGCUUACAUUUUUUAUAGUUCUGCUGAUGCCUCUGUCAUAAAAUCUUUCUAUCAGUAAACAUAUUGGAACUAUGAAAAACUUUCAAAAUAUGAAUAUGUAGUAGCUAUAAUCUGGCAUAGAAACUGUUUAGAAUCAUCCAUUGACGUGCUGUAAGAAAACAAACAUGACUCAGCAUGUAUUAAUCAGCCAUGAAAGCAAAUCCUUUCCAUGUUCAUGGAAGUAUUGUUCAGUUUCCUCAGGUAUUAAAUAGUUCUGACUCUACUGGAAGGAAUUAAAUAACAAAACUGACCAGAUCAAAGAUACUGUGCUUACUCUCAUGUCUUAGUCACUAAAAAACUGCAAAAUAUUUGCAACAUUAUAUGAAAAGUACUCAAUGGUAGUACCAUCUUGCAGACAAAAUGUUGUUCCAUGUAUCAGUGGUAUUAGUAAAAUGAUAGCUGGUAUUUACAAAGACAGUACAAAACAAAUCUGGCAUAAUUGAUGUGCUCUUGGCCAGCAGAAGGAAAUAUGAAUGAGGUAUUUGAUGUGACAGUGAUCUUGAAACAGUUUAAGAAAAGGCAUGCUAAAUAUUUGAGUUUUGAAAUUGGGAUGGUUUGUUAACCUUUAAAGGCCCACCAUAUCUUUUAAGACAGCAUCCGUAGGUGGCCCAUCAUAUGCUUCAAAAGACAGCAUGCAUCACUAUUGCUUUGUGAUUGUUGCAUUGGUUUCUAAUCCUCAAAAUCAAUGUCGGUAAAGUCUAAAAGGAUGACCAUAUAAUCUUAAUAAGUUUUCUCGUCAAAAGAACCCUAUAAUAUUCUUUUGUAAAUAUUUUACCUUACUUUAACAACUAACAGCUGAAAUUUAUAAGUGGGAAAGACCUCCUUAUUUUAUGCUAUGCUUUAUAGCAUUAAAAUAAAGACAGAGUAAAAGGCUGUAAACUAUUUCAUUAAUGUGAUAUGAAAUGGGCACAAGUUAACUAUUGAUACAUGCUAAUAAGUGGUCCUUUCAAAUUUCAUAAUUUUUAUUUAUGUGUGGGUUGAUUAUAACAUUAUUUUUAGAGUACAAUUUCAAAGGCACAUAUUUAUAUACACCUAAUCAAGCUUCAGUUAGGGAAGCAAUGCAUAAGAUAUUUUUAUAGUAAUUCUCUGGUAUAAUUGUGGGUUUCGCUGAAGCAACAAAUUCUAGAAGGGUUUAUGUCCUUUACUGGCAUGGUAAUAUAUAUGCUUGUUCUGGUUUAGUGGUUUAUUUCACCGUACCUUUAACAUUGGUGUGGUCUACUGUCAUGGUCAGAUCCCAGCUCUGUAUUUGUAUAAUUUUCUCAUUUUCAUAACAAGUUAUAAUCAAUAAAUAAAUAGCAGAGCCCUUUAAA